AUGCAAGGCCCUAAAACCGGCGCCAAGUCCUUCAAGCAGGAGCUCCUCAAGAAUAUCCUCCUCGCCCUCCAGCUACAUGCACGCACAAGCACAUCCUUCGGCAGCCUCCAUGAGAGGAAGCUCGCCGUCAAGUCCUCCGCCAACAUCGCCAUGGCGGCCGCGCGCGGUGCCUCCCGCACUUACGCGAGGUGGCCCAGUGCCAUCUUAGCGUCCGAAGCAGCCGCCUCACCGCCGUCCGGCGCGUGUAAGGUGCAGAGGCGCAGGAGGAUCGUGAGCAGGUGCUGCCGCCGGAAGAGGAGCUGGAUUAGUAGAUCAGGUUGCGCUGGUGGUGACGACGUUGCCAGGAGGCUGGUGAGGAGGAGGAUCUUGGCGCUGAGGGAGGUGAUACCGGGAGGCCGGGAUGCCGCCGUCGACGAGGACACCCUGCUACGCGAGGCCAUGGACUACGCGGUGCACCUGCGCGCUCAGGUCGACGUGCUCCGCCGGCUAUCAGAAGCCAUGCAAAGAUCCAACUCCUUCUCUCGGCAGUGUCAGCAGUGA